GCUGAGGAAUCAAUGAGCUGAAACUCUUCACGAUGGAAGAGCAGAUUUUACCGGAGACCAACGUGGCCAAACUUGAGCUUGAGGCUGUGAUCGGCUUCAAUGGACAUGUUCCCAAUGGCCUCAAAUGCCAUCCCGACCAGGAGCACCUGAUCUAUCCCCUGGGCUGCACUGUCCUCAUCCAGUCAAUAAAUACCAACGAGCAGAAUUUCCUGCAUGGCCACGGUAACAACGUCUCCUGUUUGGCCAUCUCCAGGGAAGGAGAUUAUAUUGCCUCGGGACAAGUCACAUUCAUGGGGUUCAAGGCAGACAUCAUCCUGUGGGACUUUAAGAAGAGGGAGCUGAUCGCUCGGCUGUCACUACACAAGGGCAAAAUUGAAGCCCUGGCCUUCUCGCCCAACGAAUUGUACUUGGUUUCACUAGGAGGCCCCGAUGAUGGAAGUGUGGUGGUUUGGAGCAUAUCCAAAAGAGAGGCCAUUUGCGGCAGCCCCGCAGCGGGCCUCAAUGUCGGCAAUGCCACCAACGUGGUCUUCUCUAAGUGCCGAGAUGAGAUGUUUGUCACUGCUGGAAACGGGACGAUUCGUGUGUGGGAACUGGAUCUCCCAAACAGAAAAAUCUGGCCAACUGAGUGCCAAACGGGACAGAUGAAGAGGAUAACCUUGAGCGCUGGAAUGGCCGAUGACGACGGUUUCUUCUAUAUCGGCACCUCCACCGGGGAUAUCCUAAAACUGAACCCCAGGACCAAACUGCUGGCCGACACCGGGCCCGCGAAGGACAAAUUCAGCUUGGGAGUGUCAGCCAUCAAGUGCCUGAAGAUGGGCGGUUUGUUGGUCGGCUCUGGAGCUGGUUUGCUCGUCUACUGUAAAAGCCCCAGCUACAAACCCAUCAAGAAAAUGCAGCUGCAGGGCGGCAUCACUUCCAUCACGCUCCGGGGAGAGGGGCACCAGUUCUUCGUGGGAACGGAAGAGUCCCACAUCUACCGAGUUAACUUCACCGAUUUCAAAGAGAUGCUCAUUGCAACGUGUCACUUUGAAGCCGUCAAAGACAUUGUCUUUCCAUUCGGCACUGCCGAGCUGUUUGCCACGUGCGCCAAGAAGGACAUCAGGGUGUGGCACACCAUGUCCAACCGGGAACUGCUUCGGAUCACCGUCCCCAACAUGACGUGCCACGGCAUCGACUUCAUGAGAGACGGCAAGAGCAUCGUCUCAGCAUGGGAUGAUGGAAAAAUCCGAGCCUUCGCCCCAGAGACGGGCCGGCUGAUGUAUGCCAUUAACAGUGCCCACAGGAUUGGCGUGACGGCCAUCGCCACCACCAGUGACUGUAAGAGGAUCAUCAGUGGUGGUGGAGAGGGGGAGGUGAGGGUGUGGCAGAUCGGCUGCCAGACUCAGAAGCUGCAGGAGGCCCUGAAGGAGCACCAGUCCUCUGUGUCCUGCAUCAGGGUGAAGAAGAACAACGAGGAGUGCGUCACUGCCAGCACCGACGGGACCUGCAUCAUUUGGGACCUCGUGCGCCUUAGGAGGAAUCAGAUGAUCCUGUCCAACACCCUAUUCCAGUGUGUUUGCUAUCACCCUGACGAAUUCCAGAUCAUCACCAGUGGCACAGACAGGAAGAUUGCUUACUGGGAAGUAUUUGAUGGCUCGGUAAUCAGAGAGUUGGAAGGUUCCUUGUCCGGGUCCAUCAACGGGAUGGACAUCACUCAGGAAGGAGGGCACUUUGUUACAGGCGGACACGACCAUCUGAUCAAAGUCUGGGAUUAUAACGAGGGUGAAGUGACUCACGUUGGGGUGGGACACAGCGGUCACAUCAUGGGCAUCCGGGUAAGUCCUGGGAACAAGCACAUCAUCAGUGUGAGCGCCGACGGAGCCAUCCUGAGGUGGAAGUUCCCCUUUGACUCGUGAAGCGCCUCCCAGCCUCCACCCUGCACCAAGGACCAAGUUUGGAUCACCCCAGCACCCGUCUUGAUUUCUCACAUCUAUUUUUGUUCUGUAGUCUAAAUACUUUAAGUGUCUUCUUUCCUUUAUACGUUUUACUAUCUUAAAUUGUAUGCCGAAACUGACAUGUUAAGGAAAAGUUUGUGCAGAGUAUACUUUUUUUUGAGUUCUUUUCUAUUAUUAAUAAAUUUG